UCUGCGAUACUGUCACCCUUCGUGUACUGUGUAGUCAGCAGCAACCUCGUGGUGUUGUGGAAAUUUGCGUGUGAUAUUCUCCAGGUUAUGUUCAUAACAACUAAAUACCUGAGUUGUUAGUGCUUGUUUUUGGCCUGACCGUUAAAAUCGCUACGUGUAUCUUCGUAAAAGAAACGGCUGAGUGUGUGACGUGCUGUCACGAGCAGUUUGUCUACGAAGUAAUCUCCUCAAAUACUUCGUGGCUAACGAGAAAAGGCGGACAGUGAAAUUCAAAGGUUGUCCAUACUGUAGAACUGAAGCGAUGGACCAGGAGCCAACUAAGUGGAUAAAGAAAGAUGAAACUGAUGAAGUAGAAACUGAGUUACACUUCAUAGCCCAAGAUUAUCCAUGCAGCAUGAAUGUAAAAGAAGAGUUGGAGGAGAGUGUGAAUAAAGAGUUUCUUGAAGACCCAUUAAAGGCUGCCGACCCUAGUGUUUGCGUAAAGCAAGACCCCGAACUGAAACACCGUGCUGCUGGAUCUGAGCAUAAUUCUGUUGAAGAUCCAUUGGGAAUAUCUUUGUCCACUGAUUUUAUCAAGGAGGAUCCUGAAUUAAAUAUAACUGAGAAUACUGUGGAAACCUCAAUAAGAUGUGCAUCUGAUAGUGCAAGAUUUACUCAGAGUACUGGUGGGAGUUGCAGCAUAUCAUGUGAAGAAACUUGUCACCAUAGACUGGUCCAGGAUGAGUUGGUGAUAGGCAUGGAGAAGUCAACACAUGGGUUCAGUACCAAUACAGAAGAUCUGACUAUUGAUAAGGAAUGCUCAGUUGCCACCCAAUAUGACUGUAGUACUAGGGGAAAGGAAUUACAUGUAUAUAGCUGUAAUUUCUGCCAACAGAGCUUUUCUUCAAAAUACAGACUCAUAAUGCAUGUGUUUAUGCACAUUGAUGGAACGCAACCACCUUUGUAUGUUUGUAAGUGGUGUGGUGAGGUAUUUCACAGUAAUGUUGGCUUGAAAAAGCAUAUGAGAAUGAGUGAGAAUUGUCGAGUUUUAACUGCUGACAGUCAUGAAAAAUAUGGACAUAGUGAUGAGCAUCAAACCACUACCUCGUUGGAUAGCGAGGCAGAAGUUUCUGUCACAGAAUACAAUGACCAGUCUUCAUGUAAGGAAACUUGGAAAGAUUCAAAGAAGCCCUCUAAUGACAUAUGUAACACACAUAUGACAAAUGAUAGAGAGAAAACAAGUAAUUAUGGAACUUUGUCUAUAGCUGUUAAUGUCAGUGCCCAGGCUGAUCUACUUACUGCAAACAGAACUCACAGAUGUGGUAUUUGUGGCAAAUUGUUUGCUAGGUAUGGUGAUCUCAACGGACAUGUUUCCAUUCAUACUGAGAAAAGACUUCACAAAUGUGAUAUUUGUGAGAAAUGGUUUGCCCACUCACGGUAUCUAAAGGCUCACACAUUAAUUCACACUAGGAAGAAACCUUACAUGUGCGAGAUUUGUGGGAAAUCUUUUACUAUGAUAGGUGACUUCAAGAAACACACAUUGAUUCACACUGGAAAUAAACCUCACAAAUGUGAUAUUUGUGAGAAAUGGUUUACCCAGUCACGUUAUCUAAAGGCUCACACAUUAAUUCACACUAGGAAGAAGCCUUACAUGUGCGAGAUUUGUGGGAAAUCUUUUACUAGGAUAGGUGACUUCAAGAAACACACAUUGAUUCACACUGGAAAUAAACCUCACAAAUGUGAUAUUUGUGAGAGAUGGUUUGCCCAGUCACGUUAUCUAAAGGCUCACACAUUAAUUCACACUAGGAAGAAACCAUACAUUUGCGAGAGUUGUGGGAAAUCUUUUACUGUGUUAGGUGAUCUCAAGAAACAUAAAUUAAUUCACACUGGAAAUAAACCUCACAAAUGUGAGAUUUGUGGGAAAUCUUUUACUAAGUUAAGUACUCUCAAACAACAUUCAUUAAUUCACACUGGAAAGAUACCUCACAAAUGUGAGAUUUGUGGGAAAUCUUUUGCUGCAUCAGGCUAUCUCAAGAAUCAUGUUUUAAUUCACACUGAAAAGGAACCUCACAAAUGUGAGAUUUGUGGGAAAUCAUUUGCUGCGUCAGGCUCUCUCAAGAGACAUUCAUUAAUUCACACUGGAAAUGAACCUCACAAAUGCGAGACUUGUGGGAAAUCUUUUUCUAUAUUAGGCAAUCUUAACGAACACGCAUUAAUUCACACUGGAGAGAAACCUCACCUAUGUGAGAUUUGUGGGAAAUCUUUUACUAUAUUAAGCAGUCUUAACAAACAUUUAUUUAUUCACACUGGAAAGAAACCUCACCUAUGUGAGAUUUGUGGGAAAUCUUUUUGUUGGCCAUACGAUCUCAAGAACCAUGUAUUAAUUCACACUGGAAAGAAACCUCACAAAUGUGAGAUUUGUGGGAAAUCUUUUACUAUGUUGCGUAAUCUCAAGAAACAUUCAUUAAUUCACACUGGAAGGAAACCUCACAAAUGUGAGAUUUGUGGGAAAUCUUUUGCUGCGUCAGGCUCUCUCCAGAAACAUUCAUUAACUCACACUGGAAAGAAACCGCACAAAUGUGUGAUUUGUGGGAAAUCUUUCACUAUGUCAAGCCAUCUCAAGAAACAUGUAUUAAUUCACACUGGAAAGAUAACCUACAUGUGCGAGACUUGUGGGAAAUCUUUUACUAUGUUAGGUGAUCUCAACAGACAUGUAUUAAUUCACUCUGGAAAGAAACCUCACAAAUGUGAGAUUUGUGGGAAAUCUUUUACUGUAUUAGGCAUUCUUAACAAACAUUUAUUAAUUCACACUGGAAAGAAACCUCACAAAUGUGAGACUUGUGGGAAAUCUUUUACUAUGUUAGGUGAUCUCAACAGACAUGUAUUAAUUCACUCUGGAAAGAAACCUCACAAAUGUGAGAUUUGUGGGAAAUCUUUUACUGUAUUAGGCAUUCUUAACAAACAUUUAUUAAUUCACGCUGGAAAGAAACCUCACAAAUGUGAGACUUGUGGGAAAUCUUUUACUGUGUUAGGUGAUCUCAAGAAACACGUAUUAAUUCACACUGGAAAGAAACCUCACAAAUGUGAGAUCUGUGGGGAAUCUUUUGCUACAUCAGGUGAUCUCAAGACACAUGCAUUUGAACACACUGGAAAUGGACCUCACAAAUGUGGUAUCUGCGACAAAAGUUUCACUUACUUGGAUACUCUCAAGACACAUGCAUUACUUCAUAUCAGAAAGAAAAUGUAAGAAUGUGUUAGUUUACGCAAAUAGGUUUUCGUGGUUGGUGCCCUCAAGGCCUAUAAAAUAAUGUAUGUACCAGGGGACAAUAAAUUGUACAUUCGGCGAAAUAACUUUAAAAUCUGGUAGAAUUGUGAAAAAACUUGUAAUGAUGUGUACUAUAGAGUGCUAUCAGAUAAUGUGACAAAAGGUUCAUAUCUGUAGCUUCAUAUGUCAAGAAAUGGUAUUACCAAAUACUCAAGAAACAUGAAUCAAUUGUGUUUUUGUCAUUAGCACUGCUGCUUUUUCCCAUUGAU